AGCAAGAUGGCCGUCCUGGUAUUGAAAAUGGAGUAGUGUAGAAGACUGGGCGGUAGUAAUACCUGUAGGUGUGUCAGUUGCGCGGUUUUCCGCGGUUUUUACCGUGAUAACGUGACCGGAUACCGCCACAUUUACUUUAUAUCAAUCAUUUUUCUAGUGUACUAUUAUUAUUAUAUUAUAAAUUAACAUUAUCAUUUAGUACACAUAUAUUUAUACCUAUUUUUAAAAACCGCUAUUCAAAACUAAACGUAGCAAGCACGUCUGCUGUGAGUGCCAAUAUCUAUAUAUACAUCUACAUGUAUUUUAUUAACUACCCCUGUAAUGUAUAUUUUUUAUGGUCAUUCUGAUGGUAAUAGUAAUGGUCCACUUUUCACGGUUGUCCAGUAAAAGAUGGGCGAUCGGAUCAUCAGACAGAUGCAUCAUCAGUUGACACCAGAACGAGUGAUUCCCAUUGACAGUAAAUUAGAAGCCACAGUUGCUGUCGAGCUGCAGCGAGUGGCCUCUUCAAAGAGACACCAAUUGGACCAAUGACGUUCCGUGAUAACCCGAGAAACUUUCUGAAGAAAUGAAUUACUAGUUAUUGUUUUAGUUAAUACAACAGACUAUUGAUAUUGUUGUUGCUAUUGUUUAUUAAGUGCACAGUUGUGUGUGUGCAUGUGCCGCUAGUGAUCAAAAUGUGGAAUAUGAUGUGCGAUGUCAUGCCAACGAUCGCUGAGGACAGCAUCAGCCAAAGAAGCUCACAGUUCUCUGGCGAAGAUGCCAAUUUCGAGCAGCUUAUGGUGUCCAUGCUCGACGAGCGGGACAAGCUUAUGGACUCGCUUCGCGAGAGCCAGGAGAGACUUCAAGAGGCUGAGGCUAGGCUCCAGGAUGUUGAGAAGGAGCGGGAUGCUCUUAAUAGACAAAUCAAUGCUAGUGUUCCUCAGGAAUUUUCCCAGUUGACGAAAGAGUUGUCUGCUGCACGUGAAAGUAUUCUUGAGCGCGAGGAAGAAAUAUCGGAAUUGAAGGCUGAACGUAAUAAUACUCGGCUGCUACUUGAGCAUCUGGAAUGUCUAGUAUCUCGGCACGAAAGAUCUCUUCGGAUGACGGUGGUGAAGAGACAAGCGGCUGCACAAUCCGGAGUGUCGUCCGAGGUCGAGGUACUCAAGGCACUCAAGAGCCUCUUCGAGCACCACAAGGCUUUGGAUGAAAAGGUUCGAGAACGAUUAAGAGUCGCGCUCGAAAGAAAUACAAGCCUUGAGGAAGAGCUCGCACGAACUAAAGACGAGUUGCAGCAAUAUAAACUCGGUGGGUACCCAGCGUCAUUAAAGCCAUCAGAAGACAAGCCUAAAGAAAACGGGCAACUGGACGAGCAGCAGCAGCAGCAAUUACAAAACAAGAAUGAGGAGGUGAACCAGCUGAAUGAGACCCACCAGGAGGAACCGAGUAAGCGAGUAGAUAUUGUUGACGAUGUCAAUGAAUCCUGUCCAGAGAAGACCACUAAGGAAGACGCCGAGAGGCUCAGCAAUGGAGACGCUACUGAGGAUUAUAAGGAUCCUAAAGAUUCUAGAGAUUCUAAGGAGUCUUUAGCGCGAGUCGCCGAGUUGCAAGCGACCGUAGAGAAACAGAACUCUGAAAUAGCGACGUGGCAACGUCGAGUCGGAGAAUUGAGCUCUCGUGUUGCUGAAUUAGAAGAAACUCUUUCUAAAACACAAAAAGAGUUCAUGAAGACCCAGGAAGCAAAUGGAAAAUUGCAACGCGAUUUACGGGAGAAUGUUGCGCAAAAAGAGGACCAGGAAGAAAGAAUAGCGACUCUUGAGAAGAGAUACUUGAAUGCUCAGCGUGAAUCUACUAGUGUUCAUGACUUGAAUGAAAAAUUGGAGCAGGAACUUAAACACAAGGAAGAUCAGCUAAAACUGCAAGAGAAGAGAAUAGCAGCGAUACAAGAAAAACUUGAGCUCGCGGAACAGAAACUGGCGCAGUACGCAAAACUACCAGAAAUGGAGGAACAGUUGAAGCAGAGGAUGGAGGCUCUGACGCAGGUGAGGAGGCCCAACCAGAUUUGUGAUACAUUAAAUAAGCAGGCGCAAGAGAAGCACGGCAGCGCCGAGGACAGAAUACAAAGACUGGAAACUCAAUUAGAAGAAAAGAAUGGCGAGGUCAUGCGUCUUAAUCAACGAUUGAAGAUGAAUGAAGAGCAUAAUUCACGUUUAAGUAAUACUGUCGAUAAACUAUUGUCAGAAUCCAAUGAGAGACUGCAGGUGCAUUUGAAGGAACGUAUGCACGCACUAGAGGAGAAAAACGCGCUGACUCAAGAGCUAGAAAAGAUGCGUAAAAUAGCUGAAGACUUGCAGAACGAGAAAAGCGAGAUAAUGAAAGAGCUAAGCAAAGCGCGACUAGAAAUAGACAAUGUGAAGCGUCAAAUGUUGCAGCAAGAAAUAGCGUUUAACAUACAACAGACUGAUGCACUGACCCGCAGUUUAUCACCCAACGCCGUUACACUGGUAGAACCGUCGUCAUCUUCCAGGAGUGCUAGUCACAGUAGUUUUGAUACUCACUCAUUGCCAAGACGUGCUGCUAGUAAGCGUAUCAUUGAUGAUGAUUCUGCAAAGACUCGUUAUUUAUUACAGAGUUACGUUGCUCGCACACUAGCCGAGCAGGAGUGGGAAAAACUCCAGCAGGCUCACGUGCUAGCAAACGUACAACAAGCAUUCGACGUAUCAAGCGACGCAGAAGUAGACGGAGACAACGAGAGUCUCUUCAGCUCAGCCGCGGACAUGAUCAGUCCUUCAGGUCACACAGACGCUCAAACUCUGGCGAUGAUGCUGCAAGAGCAGCUGGACGCCAUCAACAUCGAAAUCCGGCUGAUCCAGGAAGAAAAGCAGAGCACUGAAGCCAGAGCUGAAGAACUCGAAUCUCGGGUAGGCAGCUUGGAGCACAUGAACCUGCUGACCCGUGGUCGCAGUCACGAUCGCGCUUCUCCGCCACUGAGUGGCCGCUCGACGCCAAAGUCCCAUCACAGUCCCAAUCGUGACUAUCUUCACAAAUACCACACCGCACCAGCCUCAAUGUCACCUGCGCAUCUUCAUCAAUAUGCAUCUUCAUUGGCUAGCCCGGGACAACUAUCUGAGUCUUUGCCUGCCAGCCAGCUUCAGUUGUCUGGCGAAGAACUGCAUUCAGUAAACGAACGCGACGGAAUGGUCGGAAUGGGCAGCGGAAUGAGUAUGAAUAACGACACGCCGUCACCCUCGACGGCCAGAUCUAUCAGACUUGAACGCGUUGUCCAGGCAUUGGCUCACAGUCAAGAAGAACUUAGGAGACGCACAGGUCACACCGGGUUUCCUAAUGCUGGUUAUCCGCCUCACAGCAGGCAUGGGCAUCAUAACAACGGCACCCUCAAUUGUGGGACACCUCCUUCACCGUUGUCUUCACGUCAUAGCAGCCAGGACAGUUUGCACAAAAACAACUAUAUCAGCAUGGCGGCUAGUCAAGGAAUGGGCCAUCCAAUAGGGCUGCCUUUGGGACAGCUAUCCAGCUCACACUUGCAGAUGCAAGCUAGUGGAAUGAGCCCUGCUACAGCUGCCGCUGUUGCUGCUGCUCAGAAGAAGAAAGGAAUCAAGAGUAGUCUUGGAAGAUUUUUCAGUAAAAAGGAUAAGAUAAAGUCGAAAGACAAUUCAAUGGCAGCUGAAAUGGGUGGAUUUGGUGGUGCAAGUACACCAGCGGACCCAGAUUAUGGUGAUAGUGUCACUGUUGUUGGGACACAAUUAAGUACCAGUAAGACUGAAUUUGAUCGUAGGAAAAAGAAAAGUAUGUUAGAUUCAUCGCGACAUGAAUUGCUGGGAGAAGCAAUGAAAGCCGGAACACCUUUCGGCCUGUGGAACGGCCCGACAAUCGUCGCGUGGCUGGAAUUAUGGGUCGGAAUGCCGGCUUGGUAUGUCGCAGCCUGUCGCGCAAAUGUCAAAAGCGGUGCUAUAAUGAGUGCUCUAAGCGACACGGAGAUCCAGCGAGAAAUCGGAAUAAGCAAUCCCCUACAUCGACUGAAGUUGCGCUUGGCAAUCCAAGAAAUGGUCUCCCUGACCAGCCCCUCGGCUCCCAAGACUUCGCGCACUACUCUGGCCUUUGGUGACAUGAACCACGAAUGGAUCGGCAACGUCUGGCUCCCGAGUCUCGGGUUGCCCCAGUACAGGUCUACAUUCAUGGAGUGCCUUGUUGAUGCACGGAUGCUUGACCAUCUUAACAAAAAAGAUUUGCGGGGCCAGCUCAGAAUGGUUGACAGUUUUCACAGAACAAGUCUUCAGUAUGGAAUUUCAUGUUUAAAGCGAUUAAACUUUGAUAGACAUCAACUUGAAGAAAGAAGGCGAAUGGCUGAAAGUGCGAAUGCUGAUGUCAUUGUAUGGAGUAAUGAUCGUGUUAUUAGAUGGGUUCAAUCAAUUGGUCUUAAGGAGUAUGGGAACAAUUUAUUAGAAUCUGGAGUUCACGGUGCACUUAUUGCGCUUGACGACAGUUUUGACGCCACAUCAUUUGCUCUUGCUUUACAAAUACCAACCCAAAAUACCCAGGCAAGACAAAUAUUGGAAGUGGAAUUUUCAAACCUUUUAACGACCGCCACAGAAAGGCAUCCAGAGGAAUCAAUGAGCCUAAAGUCCUGAUCAAAUUUAACAACUAGGCCAUCAUUACCACGCCAUCAACCCCAUCACGUCUAGUCUACCGCAGCUGUCCUCGCUGUAAAGUUCCAACGGAGUAAUAAAUAAACUAUUUAAAAAAAAAAAUAAAAAAUUAAUAAGCGUAAGCUUUAAAAAUAUCCGCAGAGUAUUUUUGACUCUUAAAGUUUCAUAUCAAUCUCCAGUCUUAAAGACUUGAGAGGAUAAAUUAAUAUAUAUUUAAAUAUAUAAAUAUAUAUAAAUGAAUAUUGAUAUUUAAUAAAGCGGAAAGCACUCGUGCUUUAUUUAAUUUAAUUCUAUAAAUAUUAUUUAGUUAUUAUUAUUUUUAACAAAAUACGAACCGCUGAUAUCAAGUCGCAUUCCUAGUGUUGUAAAUGAUUAAAUUUAUGUGGAAAUUGUGAGGAGAGAGAAAAGAUAAAAAUAAUAAUAAUUAAAUGUAAUUUAAUGAGUAAGAGUGCGUGUAACAAAUAUUAAUUUAUAUUUCAUCAAUACAGCAAACUCCAAGUGACAAUAAUUCCAUCGGGCUGAAUUAUUUUGUUGCUUUUUUUUUAGAUUCAUUAAAUCAUUAUCAAUCAUUAAAUCAUUUUUUUGUAACAUUUCCCGUUGUAUUAUAACCGUGUACUCGAUAAAUGAUAAUCACGCAUCAUAUGUCGCACAAAAUCCCAAUUGAAAAUAAUUUUUUAAAGUGACGACUUUCCUGUCAUUUAAAUUUUAAAUUAAAAGAAAAUAAAAUUUUUUUAACGCGAGUUUAUAAAUUAAUCUUGACUUUACACAAUCUCUAUACUAAUAUUGUAUCGAUAAUAAAAAUAAUAAUAAUAAUAAUAAUAAUAAUUAAUAAUAAUAAUUAAUAAUUUAUUAAAUGUAUAUGAAAAAUUUAAGAAAACCAUCGAGUAUUCGUAAAAAAAUGUUAACAGGACACCUGUACUUUAUAUUAUUAUUAUUAAUAAUGAAUUAAUGAAUUGAGGUGAAAUUGAGAGAUAUAUUUAACGAGAGUGUAUGCACAAGCACAACAAAUCUCUCGUUAUUAGUUACCGAUAAAAUAAAAAAAAAAAUUGUGUGUUAAUAAUUGCGCGAUUGAAAUUCAUAAUCAUCAUCAUUAAAACUAACUUUUUGCAUGACGUAGGAUCCGAAUAGUUUAUCAAAUAUUACCAUUUAUCAUUAACAACAAACUGUCGAUGAUUGACUUGAAUUAAUAAAUUAUCUAACUUAUUAAAAUAUUUAUAAAUCAUCGACUGGUUGUCAUUAAUUAUUUUAUGCCUGCCUCUAUUCAAGUUUAUGGUGAAUUCACUGUAUUUUGAUAGUUAUGGUAUUUUAUGGUAGCUCUGGUUUAUGGAAAUAAUUUUACCUGUUGUUAUGUAAAAAUUGCAACUAAAAAUUAUUUAUUAAACUUUUAAAUCCAUAUUCUGAGUGAAUAUUAGAGAAUAAAAAAAAAUUUCACUCAUUUUAUAAUGUGAAAAUAAGAUUGACAUUUAUCACUAGUAUUGAAAAGAAAAAAAUAUCUUUCAUUUAUAAAUAUUUGCAUUCGUUAAUUUCCACAUUAUAAUACGACCAUUUAUUUCUUUAUCACGAUAUUGCGCAAAAUAUUAUGUUGGUUGUGUUAAUUAAUUCCAUUUAUUUAUGUAUCAACUGAUUGGAAGCGGCUUUUCGGCACUCGUGUGUCAGCGCACACUCUCUGCUCGUUGCGCCAACACUCUCAGUAGCCGAAAGCACCCUCCACUCAGUUACAUAGUUAAAUAAAUACUCAACAGAUAGUGUUGCAUUGUUUUGUAAAUUUUUUUAUUGUCAAUUUUUUAACCAAAAACAUUUCUUCAAAUUUCUUGGAUAUUUUUCGCCAAUAUCGGAAAACAUGAUCUUUAACAUGGUAUUUUAAUGUUUAAGUUUGCUAAAUAAUUAAAAGAGAUCUAACCGUACCAAAAAAUACCUUUGAGAAGAUACGUAAUUUUCUGUGAAUCACUUGCUACCAUUUUUUACCCGAACAAAGAUAAGCCAUAAACAAAAGAUAAAAUCGUAUAUUUAAAAAAAAUGCGAAUGAAUGUGCGCGCAUAUAAAAAUUUCGUAGAUUCAAAAUUACGAUAUAACCGCGGGCAUUUUAUACCGAAAUAAUAAUUAUUAAAAGUUGCGUAAUUUUGACUUUACAUUUAAAAAUUAUAUAAAUAUAUAUAAAUAAAUAUAAAUAUAUAAAUAAAUAACUAUUAAAACAAAAUAAAAAAAUAGACGUGAUUUAUGUUAAUAAAUUGUCAGCCGAUCGAUCGUAACUUAUUUUAUUUAGAUUAAUGCAGUAUUAAUUUAAAGUUUAAAGUUUGUUAUUGAAAUGCUUUAGUAGUGCCAUUUAUUUAAAAUUGAAAUCAAAACUAUUAUUUAAAGUUAUUGUUAUUAUUUUAUAAAUAAACGCACAAUUGUCCUUUGAUCGAUCGGCGGUAAUUUAUAAGUAUGUAUGGCUAAGUACUAGGAAAAUACAGAGAGUGGCACGUUAAUAGCGACAACGAUAAGAAUUAGUCGAUUGAUUAAGAAAAAAAAGAAACAGAGUAGGGAUAAAAUAAUUGUAAAUGUGCCCCAAUUGCAAUGUUGUUAUAAUGUUGUUGUGUGAUACUUGAACGAGUGUCAUUGUUGUUGAUUGUUCAUUUCUUUUUCAUCCACAAAAUAUUAACCUAAAAAACGUAUCACGUCAUUAUCACUUAUAUUAUUUUUUAUCUAAUAUAUAAAGAAUAAAAAAACUAAAUAAUUAACAAUUGCGAGUGCAACUUACCGAUUUGUAUGUAAUAAUUGUACGUAUUUACCAAAUAAUUUUUAUACCAAAGACUUUUUAAAAUCGUGCAUUGUCAUGAGAUUUUUUUUUUUACAAAAAAAAAAAAAAUUUAUUCUUUUUUAGAAAGUAAUAAGACAUAUCGUAAUUUUUUAUUUAUUGUUAAUUAUUAUUUUCAUGACUUUGUUUAAGAAGAAAUUGGCGUAAAUAAUUAUUACGAGUUUGGUCGACCUUUUCUCGGCGAAGGAACUAACUGAAGUGACAUCACAGCUUCUCCCACUCCUUAGAAAAAAAUAAACUGCGCAUGCGCGGCGACACUCAGGCGCAUGCGCAAAGAAGUGGUGGGGGAGAGACGGAUAAUUUUUUUGCCGGGAAACAGAAAAUACAAUUUUGAAGUUAAGAUAAAUUAUAUUCGGAAGUUGCACGGCGAAUGUAGUAUAAAUGAAUCAGUUAUUUUAAUCAUCAUAAUUGUUAGUUUAUAUAUAUAGUGUGCUCUAGCGCAAAAAACACAUUCCAUAUUACACAUGAAAGAUAGAAUGGCAACGAGUUGCAAAAUAAAUAAUAGAAAAUUAAUAAUUAUUGAUUAAAAAUUAUCGAAGAAUAUAAAAGAAGAAAUAAAUAAUAAAUAAAUUUAUUCUGCAACUGUAAGAAGAUAUUUAUGAAUGAUAUGCAUUUGUAAUGGCGCGAGUGCGUCUACACGAACAAAUUAACAAACAAAAACAUUGUAGCAAGCUUAAAAUGCCUUCAAUGUAUUCAAUUGUAAAUAUAUACCAUUGAACGCGAA